AUGGCCAUCUCUGCCCUGCCAGUGGGCACCUGGCUCCUACUGUCGUCCUUGGUCGCCGUACAACAAGGUUUUGCCCAGUCUUGCUGGAAGGAUACGCCAUGUAGCAGUAUUCAGUCUGCUUCAUUCCCUGGAGAAUGGGAAAGCAACAAUUUCGCCCCUUCGUCGAGAACGGUGGCCCCUUCAGCAAUAUCGAAUACAAUCAGUGGUGAACACAUCGACUCGUGGCCGAGCGUUCUGGCGCUGGACCAUCAGCUGAGCACAGUGGUCUUUGACUUUGGCCUCGAAGUCGGUGGGAUUGUCACCCUCGACUACACCGUAACUUCGGUGGAUGGGAGCAAUGCUCUUGGGUUAUCUUUCACGGAAGCCAAAGACUACGUAGGGCCGAGCUCGGACAGCUCCAGCGGAAUCUAUUCCAGGGAGGAUGGUGCAAUCUAUGCAAACUUCUCGAGCCAGGGGGACUUCACCUAUGUUAUGCCGGAUGAAAAGCUACGUGGGGGAUUCCGCUACAUGACUUUGUUCCUUCAGCCCGGCAGUGCUUCCGUUCAGAUACACAACGUAUCCUUGGAAAUCGCCUUUCAACCAACGUGGUCGGACCUGCGGGCAUACCAAGGUUAUUUUCAUAGUAGCGAUGAUCUGUUGAACAAGAUCUGGUAUAGCGGUGCCUACACCCUCCAGACCGACGCCGUUCAUCCGUCUACCGGUCGGGUCUGGCCCGCACCUGAGACGGGAUGGCAGAAUACCGGACAACUUGGGCCGGGGGAGACAAUUCUUACUGAUGGCGCAAAGCGGGAUCGAACUGUAUGGCCUGGCGACCUCGGCGUAGCUGUUCCGGCUUCAUUCUACAGUACGGGUGAUCUUGAGAGCACGAAAAAUGCUAUCCAGUCCUUGUACGACUACCAGGACACAGCCUCGGGCGAGUUCCCUUUCUCUGGGGUCCCGCUGUUUGCGACUGGGAGUGAUUCGUACCACAUGUGGACCAUGAUCGGGACAUAUAAUUACGUUUUUUACUCAGACGACCUCGAUUUUCUCACAGCAAACUGGGAGAAGUAUAAGCUCGGUAUGAACUUUGCCUUGAACCAGAUCGACUCAAGCGGACUCUUUUACGGCGACAGUGCUGAGCACGACUGGGGCCGCCUCAAUGCAAACGGCACUUUGACGUCACUGCAGGCGAUAUUCUACCGUACACUGGUAACAGGCGCAGUGCUCGCCGAUUGGGCCGGUGACACAACAGGCUUGGGACCUCUUUGGCUUGAGCAGGCUGAGAAGAUCAAGGGACUGACUAUCACCAAUAACUGGGAUAGCCAAUCCGGCGCCUUUUUUGAUACGUCGGAAAGAAGGAACAUCCAUCCCCAGGAUGGGAACUCGCUGGCAGUCUACUUUGGCCUCGUGAACGCCUCGUCGAGCGAGGCCGCAGCUGUUUCCACCUACCUGACCCAGAACUGGACGCCGAUUGGCGCGGAGUGCGAAGAGCUGCCGGGCGAGAUCUCGCCCUUCGUCUCGUCAUUCGAGAUCCAAGCCCACCUCCUCGCGGGGCAGACGCAGCGCGCUCUCGAGCUGAUCCGCCGCAGCUGGGGCUGGUACCUCAACCACCCCAACGGCACCCAGAGCACCAUGAUCGAGGGCUACCUGGUCGACGGCACCUGGGGCUACCGCCACGAUGCCGGCUACCAGGAGGUCUACUCGUACACGUCGCACGCCCACGGCUGGGCCACCGGCCCCGUCACGGCGCUGACGGAGCACAUCCUCGGGCUCAGCGUCACGGGGCGCGCCGGCUCCGAGUGGCGCCUGGCGCCGCAGCCCGGCGACCUCACGCAUGCCGAGGGCGGCUUCACCACCAGGCUGGGCAAGUUCCAGGCCAGCUGGACCAAGACGGACGACGGCUCGAUCAAGGUCGACUACGACGUGCCGGAUGGGACGACGGGCGAGGUCGUUGUCCCCGUAGACGGGAUGGAUGCCGUGGUGAACGGUGGUCAGGGAAAGCGGUCCGUUUUUGAGAUUGUGGAAGGGCGGGGCGGACGAAAGUCGGUUUUGAUACGGAGCGGUGGAGGGAAGCACAGUUUCGUAUUCCGUUGA